AUGAGGAGGGUCCACGAAUGCGUGUACGACGAUAGCUCACGAAAAAGCCGCACCCAAACACUACGCGAGAAGGUGUCUGCCCUCGAAGCUAAAGUUCGUGAACUCGAAAGCAGUAACCCAUCGCCAGACCCGUCAGACCCGUCAUCCUCGUCGUCGGCGCCGCCAGUUAGUACUGGCGCUGGGCCGUCCAAUGCAUUUUCGUACGACGAUCCUUUUCAAAAUCAACCAGGACUUGCCAUGAACCCCCUCAAUUCUGUUUCAUGGCUGAGCGACGAUCUCGAUUCGCUGAUACCUCUGGUGCCACAAGAAUGGAUCAGCACCAAUCCCAAUUACGACCUACAAACCGACUCGGGAUCCGGAUCGUCCUCUUCGAAUUCACAAAAAGCAUCUGUGUUGCUGGAUGUAUCGUUACCCCACUAUUCUGCCCAUCCAUCCAGCGUCAGUCCUAUUCCGUUCACAGACUCAUCCGGUACACCAGUGCCGGAUUUAUUCGACAGGUCAGCGCCAGACCCCCACACGAUGAACUUGACCAUCGAGAUGCACAACAUGCUAGUGCAAACGUUCAUUGAACACCGCAAGCAAUGUUGCUUCUAUUCCAAUACCAGCAGAUUCGAUCGAUCCUCAUCGGCGACUGUUUACCAAAAUACACCACCUAACCCGGCCCUGAUGAGCGCAAUUUACCUCAUGGGAUCCUUCUUCGUCCAAAAUCUUGGGUUGCAGAAACAAUUGUGUGAACAGACCCAGCAGGAGGUGGCCCGGUCAUUGCACAAUCAAGACCAACUGAUGGAUGUUGUACAAGCAUCUUACCUCCUAGCACAGUAUUUCUUCUUCAAUGGACGAGGCAUGGAGGGGACUCGGCAUCUUACUACAGCUAAACGGAUAGCAUUUGACUUGGGUUUACACCAGGUGUCACUUCCAACCUUUUCAUUCGACUUUGAUUAUUCCUUCGAUUCGUCGUCACACGAUUGGCAGGAGAAGACCGCUGUUCUCUGGGGGUUAUUCAUGGUGGAGAAGUUUUGGGCACUCAAUUGUGAUUGCUGGGAAGCAUACGCUCAGGCUGACUUCGAUGCUCCAUGUCGUUACAUUACAACGCCUUUACCGGUGCAAGAAGGCGCGGACCUCGAACUUGUGGCUGCCAACAGCCCGCUGAACGCUAUGUUCGACUCUGACGUUUUUCGGGGAACGUUGUUAUCAGUUGAUGCUUUUAAGGCCCUGGCGUGCUGUAUUUUUGAUCGCGCGUUACGUUUUCAUAAUACGCCGGCAUCUUCAAAGGACAGCGCAACGUGGGCUUAUCAUCGCUCUUCGGAGAUUGCUUUGGAACGUCUAUCAUCCCUCAUUCACCCAUUGACUUGGCGAGAUUCUCAUGACACUGGAAAACCUACAAUCGACACUGAUCUAUACAUUGCGCACGCACUCAUCCAUGCCUCUACCAUCCAUCUUCACCCUGACAGUACCAUGAAUUUAAAGAUUUCAUGGGCAGCAAAAAAGUUGGUCGAAUUAGUCAACCACCUUAGCGAGAAUGACUAUUGUUACCUGGAUCCAAUUCUCGCUGUGAGCUCGAAUUUUCUUUGCGAAUUUAUCAGCUGGUAA